UUGUAUGCCGAUCAGGCGAAGUGGGGCGGUGAGCUUUCAAGCCGCCCACUUCCGCGUGAGGCUGACAACACCUUUCAUUCGUUGUACAUCAUCACUCAAGAUAUACUAGACCACGACAUUCUCGAUUCCCCCGGCCAACCAGAACAAUGACGAAUCUGUGGGCGUCGCCGCGUCUGAUAUAUUGUGCUCUGGAACGGGGCGAGCACGAUUCACUCCUGGCAGAGCUGGACUCCGACCCCGAGGGCUUCAUGAACGUCUCAAGCGAGCUUCCUUCCCCGCAAGGCAAAAAGGACGUCGCGGACUGGUACGAGCAUCUGGAAAAGCAAAUGCUCGCCUGUGCCGUCUGCCUACCCCCGCCGCCGGUGACGAACGGGGCCGGCUCCGCCCCAAAACCCAUUCCCAUCGGCUGCAUCAGUCUCAAAGGCCUUGCUCCGCGCAUGCUCCAGCAUCGCAUGAGCGACCUCACCAUCAGAAUCCUCCGGCAGUACCGUGGUCAAGGGUAUGGACCAGAAGCCAUGGAAUGGGCGCUUAACUGGGGCUUCGACUUUGCCGGCUUGCAUCGUAUCCAGCUCAUGGUGUAUGCAUACAACGCCGACGCCGCCCGGCUGUACGAGAAGAUGGGCUUUGUGCGCGAAGGGGCGAAGCGGGAGUGUGUGUUUGUUAAGGGCCGGUUCUGGGACGUCUUGCAGUACAGUAUGCUGGAACAUGAAUGGCGCGCACGGCAGAAGAAGUGAAGGGAAGACGGCUGUU